AGAAAGUUUGGGGCGAGAGGCGGCACCUGGAGGCGGAGAUGGGGCGGAACGGUAGCGAGAGGAGGCGGAGCUGUCAGGUCCGGGGUACCGGUUCCUUCCUCGCAUGGUACGGGGAUUCCUGUCCCAUUACCGAGCAGCUCAACUCCGGCACCGCCGUCAUGGGACAGGCGCUGCUGCUCUUUUGCUGCCUUGUCAUUACAGCCUGUCCUUGGGAUGUGUCGGGGGCGGGGGCCGCUUACCGGCGCCAUCACCAGCAGCGGGAGGACCGGGGGGAGGACGCUGGGGUCCGGCCGCUGUCCCCGACCCGGGAGCCCGCGGACUGGAGACGCCGAGAGCAGGAACCCGGAGCCCGGGAGGACGGUGGUCCCGCUCACUGCCGACUCGGCCGGAGAGCUCCAGGCGAUGGAGUCAGACCGCCACUCGCUGGCCCUGAGAUUAUCAUGGUGCCUGAGGGAGUUGCAGCAAACACAGCCAUUGCUCUGGUUGAGGCUGGGAGCCGGUGGAAAUGCCAGCUUGAGGUCCAGGGUGAUUUUAAGCUUGUGGAAACUUACCAGGGGAACUACCUGAUUGUGACCCAGGCCAGCCUGGACCGGGAGAAGACGGCUGAGUAUCACCUGAGGCUGGUCACCCUGAAGGACGGGAGUCUAGUCUUCACCUCACCUGUCUACAUUACCGUAAAGGUCAUUGAUGUGAAUGAUAACGCCCCAGUGUUUGGAGAGAGCGCCUAUCAAGUGUCCAUUCUUGAGAAUGAAGCUCCCAACACAACAAUCCUGACUGUGAGGGCCUCUGACAGGGACCUGGGUGCCAAUGGCCAAAUCACUUACUCCAUUCUGGACUCUUCUUCCUCGGGGGUCCUUGUCUCCUCUUUGAUUGGCAUUCACCCCGAACUGGGCACCGUUUACACCCGGGUGUCAUUCGAUUAUGAGCAAGUGAGCGCCGUGGACUUUGUGGUGGAAGCCAGAGACGGUGGUGACCCACCCACCAGGUCCACAGUGCCGGUCAGGCUGGACAUUGGGGACCUAAACGACAACCGGCCAGUCUUCACCUCUCCGGAGACGCCAGGGAUCACUGUCCCGGUCGGACCAGCAAUGGCAGCGGCUGGGGAGUGCGAGCCAGGGACUGUUGGAACCCCGAGUGGACCGCCAUCGCAGCGCAGCGUCUACACGGUGACCACGGUAAAGGCAGAGGAUGCCGACUCGUCUGCAAACGGCAAGGUGCUCUACGAGCUGCUGGAAGGAGUGGAAGUCUUCGACAUCGACAGGAGCACUGGGGAGAUCCACGCUACCGUCUGCAGCCCCGAAAAGCUGCUGUCUGCAGACUGGGCCAUCACGGUGCGGGCUUGGGACUGCGGGAGCCCACCCCUAUCCUCCGAGGCUGCCUUCACCCUCUCUUUCGUGCCCGCCGGCGACCCAAUGCUCGCAGGCCAGCGGCUAGGCUCUCCGACCGUCACGGUGCUGUCUCUCGGGGUGCUGGGGCUCACCCUGUUGCUGCUGUCUGUCCUGCUUGCUGUCCGGGCCCGGUGCGUGGCCGAGAAGCGGGACUCCCGUGCUUACAACUGCCGCCAAGCCGAGACCGCCUACCGGCUGCAACCGAAGAGGCCCCCCCGGCAGAUCCAGAAGGCGGACAUCACCCUCCUCCACCCGGGUGGGCGGAACAGGCAAAGGGCUGCCGCUGGGACAGCUUCUCCCCCACCUCCCCCUCCGCCCCAGCAAAUCCCGGAGGAGAGACCGGAGCCGGAGAAAGCUUAUCCCACCCUGCGGAGGGAACGGGACUGCCAGCACCGUCAGCUGCUAAGGGAGCUGGUUCGGUUGUCCAUGGCUGGCUUCUCGGAUUGCACCCUGGAGCUCACAUCUGUCUCACCACAUGUUCAGCAAAUCUCCCAGCUACUGUCCUUAUUACACCAAGGACAGUUCCAAGCUAAGCCAAAUUUUCGAGGAAAUAAAUAUUUGAAGAACUACAGGGCAGCAAUGCAGGAAGCCGACAGGACGAGUCUGAAGGACAGCGGUCAAGGAGAGAGUGAGGAGGGAGACAGUGACUGUGAUACUGGCAGAAACUCGCCCAUUGACCGCCUGCUUGAAGAAGGACUGAGUGACCUGCUGUCCAGGGGAAGCUGGGCAACGCCAGUACUGGGAGCGAGGGCCAGUACUGGUGAGGAGCUGAGUCUAGAGGAGCUAUGUUGGAUGUUGCCAUCACCGUUACCCUUUGAUUACAAGGAGAAUGUCUUCAAGCCUGAGCCGACCGAGAAUUCUCCACCCAUUUGUGAUGGCGAGAAGACCACCUUUUCAACCUUCGGCAAAAACUCGAUGGAGCUUUAUCCCGAGACAGGGGAGUCUGCUGUCAAAGGGUCCCUCUUGACUGAGAUGAGUGCCCUUUUCCAGCUCCUGCUCUCGCAGAAAGCCGAGGCAUACGCAGAAUCGAGCCCUGAGCUGCUCUUCAAUCUGUCAGGCCGUAGGAGUGUUUCCAGCAGCAGUGAGGGAGAAGGGAGUGGAGCGCCACCCGGGGGCAGGUUUCCUGGAUGUGGUCAUCCCAGCAGUGGAAUCAAGCAUCUCCCUGUGGUGCAGGAAGCCACAGAGCAGCGAGAUGGAACAGAGCUGGACCUCCAUCAGCUGGUUUAAUGAUCUCAUCAAUCAUUUGUUGUGAAGAGCCAAAUGAAUCUGGAUGAGGUUGGGUGUCUAUAUCGAAGGUCAUAUCCGGUGUUCCCUGAGUGGUUUCUCAGGAAACCUUGGGCCAAAGAGAUCAGAUGGGGUUAACAAUUGAGACCAUAACCUUGCUGCUUGAAGUACCUAAUCUGGACUGACACUCAAUGACUUUCACCACCCUCUGGGGGCUCCUACAGUCUUGUUUAUGCAGGGUGGUGUGUGCGCUUGUGAACUGAUGGUUAGAAACAAUGAAGAUAUCCACAUGAAGUUUUGACCUUUGUGCCUCACUGCCCCAGUAGGGGGUUAAAUGGUAGUUUUGUGUGCAUUCAUUGAAAGGAUUUUGUAAAUAUUUCCCUGAAUUUUACAUUUGUUUGUCUAUUACUGAAAGGAAGUUGUUUGGUGAACGUUUGAACUUACCCUUUGUCUAUCACAGUUAAGGACUGCAGAAUAUUUUUCUACUACUAUUUAAUGAUUUCUCCCUGACCCAAUGAUCGUGAUGUUUUUAUAUGUGUGUUUCUGUUGCCUUCCUUUUAUUGCUUGAGCUGCCUAAAGUAUAUUUUGUGCUUUACAAUAAAACUUGUAGAACCUUUUCAGUAAUUAAACUGUGACAUGAGUUUUCCGGGAAUAUGGAAAAUUGCAGUAAAGAUCUGAAGCUAUCGCCUGCUCAUUCUGGUAUCCUGACCACAUGGCUAGUCCUUGCAGGAAAGUAUUAGCAAAGCUACUCCCCUCUGGCAGCAUCACAGUUGACAUUACCUCCCAUGUUACACAGAGAAAUCAGACAAAUCCAGAAAAAUAUUGUGCAGUGAGCUUUGAGCCCUGUUUUUCUAUUGGAUGCUAUUAGCUUAAAGCCGAACUAGAGACUGGAAAUAUAAUUGUCAGCUGAAAUUUCAUAGGGAUGAGCAUGCUUGACUAAGUUUAUUGGAUUCCUGGUAUUAGUAAGGGUAGAUGAGGCUAAGUGGCCGAAGUCAACAUUAACUUGUCCGUGCAGAGGGCUGUGGACAGUCACUGUGCCUAUUUGGCGGCUCCUCUUUCGUGAUCAUGUCUGUGGCCCUUUUGAGAGGGAGCAUGUGGUGUUCAAGAUAGAGGCAUCGAGACCAGUGUACACUGCAGAGGCUGGAGUGACAAUGUUAUUUUGAUUUGUUAAGUUUUCAUUGCAGCUCUAUAGGUUACUGACAACUAUUCGAUACUGUUCUUUUGUACAGCCCCACUAGGGGCAGUCUAAAAUGUUAGUUUAUUAUUUUAAGAGUUAUUGGGAAUAAUGAAGCAGACGUAAUACACAGACUUUGAAAAGCUCUUUAGUUAAUGCAUUAUGGACCCCAUGACUUAGAUCUGAGCAUGUGCUGCUGAGAUCAGACAGCUGAAUGGAUAGCAAAGUGUCAAUAAAAAUAAAAGCAGAGCAGAGGGAUUUCGAGUCACUGUUCAGACUGGCAAAAGGUGGAUACUAGUAUUUUUAAAGGACUAAUGCCAGGACAAAAACAGCUGUGGAUGCUGGAAAUCUGAAACAGAGAAACAAAUUGAUGGAGAAACUAAAUAGGUCUGGUAGAUUUUGUGGAGACAACUCAAUGUUUUGGAUUCAGUGACCCUUCUUUAGAACAGAAUGUAGCUAGGAAAAGACUGUGUAUAUGUGCUGAAGACAGUGAUUUGGGGGUUGGAAGGGAGGACAAGGUGUAUGCAAAAGGUAGAGAGAGAGCCCAAAGAGAGGGAGUAGCUGUUGGGCAGGCAAAGAAAUGGAUAAUGGAGAGUCAGGGAGAAACAAAAGCUGCUAAUGGGUACUGUUAGCGAACGCAAAUGUCUGUGGUGAAAGCAGUUCAUGUUCACAAUGUAUGGGAUGCAUUUCCUAACUUCUGUUCUCACCCUUCCUCUUUCCCCUCAUUACAGUGAUUGGGUAUCUCUAAUCCUUAUUUAUCUCACCAGCAUCCACAUCCAGAGGAUCAUUAGCCACAAUUUCCACCACCUCUAGUGGGAUGCCACCACCAGACACACAAUCUCCUCCCCUUGUCAGGCUUCUGCAGGGACUGUUCCCUCCAGGACACCCUGGUUUAUUCCUCCUCCACUCCCAAUACCUUCCCACACAAUCAGAGAAGCUGUAAAAUGUGCCUGUUUACUUCCUCCUUCACUAUCCAAGGUCCCAGACAUACAUACCUUCCAGCUGAAGGACCAAUUUAUCUAUAGUUUGUGCAAUCUAGUCUACUGUACUCACUGUUCAAUGCUGUCUCCUCUAUAUUGGACAGACAAAACACAGACUAGGCAACCGUGUUCGCAGAACACCUAUGUUCUAUCUGUUUAAAACAACCUUGAGGUUUGUUGCCUGCCACUUCAACACACCACCCUGCUUCCUGACAAUACCUGUUCCUGACCUCCUGCAGUGCUCCAGUGAAGGCUGGAAGAACAACAACCUCUUUUCCAUUUGGGGACCUUGCAGCUUUCAGGAGUCAAUAUUGGGUUCAAAACUUUGGCCUAAACACCUCCAAUGUCCUUUACCCAACCCUCUCAUCCGUAGCCAUGUUAUCUCAUUGGCUGCUUUCAAAAUGCUCCCUAGUAGCAACUUUUCUUCCUCCCUGGCCCACCAUUAUCCAUUCCUUAAUCUGCCAAACUGGGGGUGUUCUCAUUCUUGUGCUCUCGCACUUUCUCCACCUUGUGCACUCUUUCUACCACCCCUGCCCCCAUCCCAAGUGUAUGUGCCAUCUUAUCAGUUCUGAAGAAGGGUGACUGAAUCCAAAACAUUGACUCUGAUUUCUCUCCACAGAUGCUGCCAGACCUGCUAAAUUUCUCCAGCAAUUUCUGGUUCUGCUGCUGGACAAGUGUUUUUCACAAUUUGCAUAACAAGUUGAACUUAUUGGAAGGUCAAUUUGAAAAUAGGCAUUAUCUGAAAAUUUAAGGUAUCCAUUCAAUGGAAGAUUGUGACAAAAUACAGGGUGUUAAUAACAUUGUGGAUGACUAAUUUGGCAAAUGGAUUUCAACAUAAGUGAGUUAGUAGAUUCUGGUUGGUAGAAAAAGGAACCAACAUAAUUGCUGUGAAAUAAGGGUCUAAGUAGGGUAAAGGUGCAAAGUGAUUUUGGAGUUGCGGAAAAACAAGUCAUAAAGUAGCAGUUCUGUUCAUAGGACUAAAGAAAGUGCCAGAAUGAACUGAAAGGCAAAGAAAUUACUUUAAUGUCCUAUAGUUCCUUGGUUAAACCACACAUGGAGUACUAUGAAUGGUUCUGCUCUCCACUUUACAAAACGGAUAUAGAGACCUGGAAAUACAGCAAAGAACCACCACUUGGACAAUACCAGAACUAAAAAGAGAUACCUAUCAGGAACUAUUGAGCAGGCUGAAACUGGUGCCUCCAGGACUUAAUGGGUGUCUUUGUCCUGAUAAACCCUUCCAUGAUUUUAAAGGUAGAGAAGAAUUUUAUUCUUAUGGGGAGUCCAAAUCUUAGAUCAUAAAUACAAGAUUGUAACAAAUAAAUCCAGCAGUGGAGAGACUAACAAUGCUGAGCCAGUAAUUCAGAGGUCCAGUCUACGAAUAUUUGAUGUGGGAUCAUGGGUUCAAAUCCUACCACAGCAGCUGGUGGAAUUUGAGUUCAAAUUGCCUAUAACCAUUCGUAAUGGUGACUGUGAAGCUGUCAAUGAUUACUGUAAAAACCCAUCUGAUUCAUUAAUGAUGUUUAGGUAAGAAAAUCGAAUCCAGUCUGGGCCACAUGUGGAACUAAACCCA